AUGGCGCCCUCCGUCGUAACCCUCGACACGACCCCCGACUUCGACUUCACCCCCACUUCGACCGCAAACACGAUACCCGCGAAGCGCACCCUCCUUCUCGCGCCCCCUUCCAUCGCCUCCCACCCGCACAAGCUCCAGACCCUCCUCGCCUCCCACGACCGCGCCACCACAGACCUCCAGAUGCUCGACCGCCUCUCGGCCGGCCACAUCUCCCUCCCCCAGUCCACCUACGACCUCGUCCUCGUCCUCACCGACGCCGACGGCUCCCGCGUCGAGUCCACCCGCCUGCUCUCCAAUCGCGCCGUGCUCUCGGCCGUCGCCGACUCCCUGAAGCCCUCGGCGGAGCUGAAGGCACAGGACGGGGGCAACCUCGCCAACGACCCGACCGUCGCGCGCGAGGCCGUCCUUGCGGGCCUGGUGGCUGCCGCCGGGAGCUUCACGAAGCCGGACUACGGCGAAGAUCAGGUCGUCACGCUGAGCUUCGGGAAGAAGAAGACGGCCGCACUAGCCUCCGACGGCGCCGUGUCGUUGGGCAGCAAGCCCACCACGGCGCCGCCCGUCUCCGCGCCCCCCGCGGGCGUUGGCUUCGUCGACUUCAGCGAUGACCUGGACAUGGAUGGCGACGAUGACCUCAUCGAUGAGGACACCCUCCUCACGGACGCGGACCUCUCGCGCCCCCUCAACAUCCCCCCCGAAUGCGCCCCCAAGGCCGGCAAGCGCCGCCGCGCCUGCAAGGACUGCACCUGCGGCCUCGCCGAGCGCAUAGCCGCCGAGGACGCCGCCGCCCGCGCCUCCGCCGACAAGGCCCUCGAGGCCGUCAAACUCGGCGCCGACGACCUCGCCGAGGUCGACUUCACCGUCCAGGGCAAGGUUGGCUCCUGCGGCAACUGCGCCCUCGGCGACGCCUUCCGCUGCGACGGCUGCCCCUACAUUGGCCUGCCACCCUUCAAGCCCGGCGAGGAGGUGCGCAUCCUCAACAACGAUAUCCAACUGUAA